AGAACUUCCCUCUCCUCCAUCUGCAUAUAUUUACCCAUACACUUCGACGUCUAGUUACGGCAAAGGAACAGGAGACUAUUCUGUGAUCCACUUCGCGGCUCCUCGGGAAAAGCCUAGAGUGAACGAAUCUCGUGGAGCCCUCUAACGCCUAUUUGAGCUGAAUGAUUUUAUGCUGCUCGCUUCAUACCAGGAGGAAACUGGAUCGCUGCGCUCCAACUCACGUGGCAGCGGUGUAUAUAACCUCCAAGAAACGACCAGGUCUCCAGUCAGUUCGUCUUCUAUUCAUUCACUUUCUUCUCCUGUGGUACUCUUCCCGACUUUCUCCACCAUCGUUUUAUUAUUUGGCUAUCGCACUCACACCCACCAUCGCUGUCCUCGCACCCCAUGCAUCUUUCAUCUUUCAUCUUAACCGCCUUUUUAGUUGCUCGGGCCUCUGCACAUGGUUUUCUAGCCCAAGUGCAUAUCGGCAGUCGUCAAUACGAGGGUAACUCGGUUGGAAAUCCUCCGAGAGAUAGCAUUAUCAGGCAACUUACCGACGUGGGACCAAACAAAGGUGCCGACAAUCCUAGCAUCAACUGUGGCCACGGCGCCAAGCCAGCGCCACUUGUCGCGGACGCCAUGCCAGGCGAUAAAAUGACCUUUGAUUGGAGAGAUGGCGACGGCAAUAAACAUUGGCCACACGAUAUGGGCCCAAUGCUGACCUACAUGGCGCCCUGCGGCAAUAGACCUUGCAAUGAGUUCGACCCUAUGGAUGCAAAGUGGUUUAAGAUUCAGGAAACUGGGAUGCUUCCAGAUCGCACAUGGAAACAAGCCGACCUCAAACACGGUGAUACCAUUCAUGCGGUCAUUCCGAACAACCUAGCGUCCGGAAACUACUUGGUCCGUAGCGAGAUCAUCGCCCUUCAUAACGCCAACGAAAAGCACGGUGCCGAGUUUUAUGUCGACUGUGUUCAGAUUCGCGUGGGUGGAAACAAGAGCGGAAAACCUGCUGAUAAAGACGUUGUCAAGUUCCCUGGUGCGUACAGUGACGAAGAUCCCGGGAUCUGGGUGCCAAAGAUUUAUGAUGGCCUUCAACCAUCCGACUAUGUCAUCCCUGGACCAAGGAUCGCACCAUUCAUCACUGGGAAUUCUGACGGCUCAGCCUCGAUUCUGGACUCUUCUGCCGAAGAAGGCAAGGGCUAUCAGCAGAGUAACUCCUCGGAUGGAACAGUCCCCACAUCAGUUUCAGAGGAUAACGAUGACUGUGACGAUUCGUCUGAAGGUCAAAGCGAGGAUUCCGAUGCCGAAGUUGACCACGACGAGCAGGGUUUGGAGUCAGACUCUUGUGAUGAUGACGGUGAAACGUCCAAGGAGGCGUCAGACAUGGAGGGCGACGAGCAGAACAGAUCGUCGCAGGAUUCGAAUGAACAUAGUUCAUCUCAAGACAUUUCUUCAACUCCCAAUCUUGAUGCACAAAGAUCAAACGAGACUGCGACUCGUGCCCGCCAUACCUCAAGUCACAUCGCUGUAUCGAAGGGUCCUUUCCACAAGCCCAGGUUCACGCGUUUGAGAAGAACUUUUUUGGCCCAUUGAUUGACAAGGCCAAAGCAAGUCCCUUGCAGGCAGGCCCCUGCCGCACCACUGGCACAUGCCUCCCCCUUUGAUAUAGAUCUUUUCUUUUUCAUGCUUGCUUUCGUUCCUCGGACGUAGAUGCUCCAGUCAGCGCGUAGAACGCCUCAUCACGUCGUCCUUGUUCUUAUACAUUUCUUAGGUUAACAAUAGUGCGUAGAACGCUUCAAUUUGUUUUCCCCUCGUUUCGUUUAUAUGUAUAUUCAGUCAUCUGCACUCAUUUUGUAUCUCGUUAAAACCCACUGCAAUAUACGAGCUUGUGUACACUAUCAUUCUUAGUAAGUA